UUCUCUGCCCGCUGCUCUGCAGGAACGGGGGGGGUCUGUGCCCACCCCCAGCGCUGCCUCUGCCCCCCCGAAUUCAGCGGCAAAUUUUGUCACCUCCCCGCCACCAACGUCACCUCCCGACCCCAAAAUCCACGAGGGGGACCCCAAAAUCCACGAGGGGGACCCCAAAAACCCCCAAAUUUUGGGGAGGGGUCCCCCCAAGCCUUGACCCGCUCCGUCUACACCCUCCCCGUGAGCAACCACCGCGAGGAGGAGGAUGGCGCCCAGUCCAUGGUCAGUGUCCUGGUGCGCCACCCCCCACGGGCGACAGUGACAAUCCACGACGUGGAGCGGGUCCGGGGCGACCCCUCCCCAAAUCCCCCCACCCCCACCCCGAGCCCCCUCCCCAAAUUCCCGGUGAUGGCCCAGCGGGGACCCCCCCGGGACCCCCGGCCGCGAGAAUUCGGGGUUCGGGUAUUGCUUCCGGCAGAUGCGCGAGGGGCAGUGUCUGUCUCCGCUGCCGGGGCUGCGCUCUCGGGCCGUUUGCUGCCGGGGGGGGGGCCGGGGUCGCCUGGGGGGUCCACGAGUGUCACCCGUGUCACGGCCACACCCAGCCGUGCCCGCCCGGAUUCCAGAGACAAAAUGGCUCCUGUGAGGACGUGGACGAGUGCUCGGAGGCGGCUCUUUGCCAACUGGGCCGAUGCAGCAACACCCGCGGGAGCUUCAGCUGCACCUGCCCGGCCGGGUUCCUGCUGGAGGCAUCACGGGAACGAUGCGUCUGUAGGGUCAUUUAUGGGGUUUUUAUGGGGCAUCACGGGAACGAUGCGUCUGUAG